CCGCUUGUGUGCCGACCGCCAUUCUUAUCUGAUAAGAAUUUUUGUGUAAAGCAGCGAAAGAGCAAGCGUCUUUUCGUCGUCAAGUUUUUCUCUCGUUAUAUUAUCCCUAUUUUAUCCAGCUGCAUCGUAGACAUCCAGCAUUCACAAAUAUUUUAAGAAAAAUUUUUACCACACGGAGUGCCAAGAAAUGAAAUGUUCUCGAGUUUCAGAAACCGCUUUAAUAACUUUUAAUUCCUUGCUGGAUUAUAUAGUUAAAAAUGAGAAUCAAAUUGCAUGGAAACCUGUAUAUUUUCAAUCAUCAAGUGAAACAUAAGUAGUACACAGUCAAACAUGGAAGAUAAUGACUACAGCUUUGGUGGUAUGGAAGACAGCAGCAGCCGGGUGAGCUACGACCAGGGCAGUGAGGAGAACGGGCAAGGCGGCGAUUCUUCAAUCGUGAUGGAAGGAGGAUUCAGUGAAUCACAAUUAGGCGGCGGAGACAGCAACAGCGGCUUGGGUGUCAUUGCAGCCAAAGCCGAUUUCGAAUGGAGCGCUGCGCGCGAAACCACCGAAGUCAAGAAAGGUGAACUUAACGGAAACCAAACCGCCGAAGACUCUGGUGAAGACGAUGAAUCCAAGAAUCGCAAACGGCCGUUCAUCGAUGAGAUGGGUGAGGAAGACUCGGAGAGCCUGACAGAAAAGCGCGUCAAAACAGAGCCCAAAGAUGAAGUGAAAGAUGAAACUUCAAUGAGCAACUCCGAAAGUGUUGUGGAAGGCAUCCGUGAAGACGUGAGCGACAACGAGUCCACAGAGUCACUGUGGACGGCCUUCGACGUCAUCAAACCCCGCAUCAUGAAAUCCGAGCAGUUACCCGACCUCGAAAAGUUCUGGAGACCCGUCAUCGAAAGCCCAAAAGAUUUCCAGGCGUGGACAUCCCUUCUUCAGUACGUCGAUCAUGAAAAUGAUGUGGCUGCUGCACGAGAGGCGUACGACUCUUUCCUCCGCCGGUACCCUUACUGCUAUGGCUACUGGAAGAAGUGGGCUGACUACGAGAAGAAAAAAGCCAUGAAGAAAGACUGCGAAAAGGUGUUUGAACGAGGCCUGGCUGCUAUUCCUCUAUCUGUUGACUUGUGGUUACACUAUCUUAACUACUGCCGUGUCCAUCAUGCAGCAAAUGAAACAUUUGUUCGCGAACAAUUUGAACGUGCCAUGACAGUCUGUGGACUGGAAUUCCGCUCAGAUCGUCUUUGGGAGCUCUACAUCAACUGGGAAGUGGAGCGGGACGAUCUUCGCCGUGUCUUUCAGAUUUACGACAAACUACUUGCUGUGCCCACGCAAUUUCAUACGACUCACUGGGACAAUUUUCAGGAUUUAGUGAAUCAGAAUGACCCCAAAGAGCUGCUAACCCCUGAAGAGUAUGAAGAACUCAAAUUGGAGAUUUUUACAGAACGCAAGAUUUCGACGGAAGCUGUUGCUGAUAUCAAGCUAACCGAAGAAGAAAUUCAGGCUAUCCGGAAGAAGACGAAAGAGAGGCGCCAGGUUUUCCACUCUAAAACUGAAAAGGAUAUCACCGACCGAUGGGCUUUUGAAGAAGGGAUCAAACGACCUUACUUUCAUGUCAAGCCUCUUGAGCGUGGCCAGUUGAAGAAUUGGAAGGCGUACCUCGAAUUCGAAAUUGAACACGGCCAGCAGCUAAGGAUCGACACUCUUUUCGAGCGCUGCCUCAUCGCUUGUGCUCUUUACGAUGAGUACUGGUUGUUGUACGCUCAGCACCUAGAAUCGCGAUGGAACGAUGAAUUGGACAAUCGUCCUCUGAUUGAGAAACAGCUGCGCAGCGUGUACCGACGAGCUUGCACCGUUCAUGUCUACGACAAGACGACGCUUUACCUUAUGUGGUCCAAUUUUGAAGAAAAGACAGGUCACUUGCACAGAGCAGGAUUGAUUUUAGACUUGCUUGAAAAGGUGGCCCCUAAAUUUGAUAGUUUGGCAGUGCGUCGAGUCAAUUUAGCACGACGACAGGGCGAUCACAGUCGGGUGAUUUCUUACUACAGAAAAUACAUCGAAAGCGCAAAGAAGGACAAUGGCACGUUAGCACCACUGUCGUUAAGGGCGUCGCGUUUCGCAGCCAAAGUCAUGGGAGAUGAGGAAUUAGCCGAAGAAUUCGUCGAAAAAGGGUUGGAGAAGGAGCCACGAAACGCUCGACUCUACAUUCAACUCUUUGACGUACGUUUCCAGAAGAAGCCUUUGGAUGUUGAAGGUUGUGUUCAAGCCCUGAACCGAGCCCUCAAAUCGAAACUCGAUUUGGAACAGCGGUGUCGAUUUGCGCAUAGGAAAGUUGAAUUUCUGGAAGAUUUCGGCAUGAAUGUUGAUGAAAUAUCCACCGCCCAGGAUGAAUAUCAGAAACUGGCACAAAAGCUGCAGAAUGACCGCCAAGCCAAAGCUGCAGCUCAGAUGGCACAACAACAAGCCAGCGCAACAAACGCUUCAACAGAUGCCAGCGCGGGAGAUGACGCGACGAAAACCAGUAAGACGGAAACAUCUGCAACUACUACCAGUACCUACAGCGGUUCUUACGAUGGCGCCACAUACCAGGGUUUCCAGGGACAGGCGGGCUAUCAAGGCCAAUAUCAGUACCCUGGCUGGGGAGGUUAUCAAUACCCUGCCGGCGCUGCUGCUGGUGGAUGGGGCCAGCAGGGAUAUUAUCCUCAACAAGGCUAUGGCCAACAGCAGUAACACCGGCUCUAGUGAAUCGUUUAAAAGAAAACGUGUUUCUAAGCAACGGCAAGAUUUUUUUUUUUUUCUAUUUCAUCUUAUCUUCAUUCACACAUACACACUGAUCUUAGCCUUUCCACAAUGGUUUCAAUCGUUUACUGUACAAGAUUAAGCUUUUUUUGGACCAAUACAUCAUCAAAAAUAA